CACAAAGAGGAAGCUGGGAAGUUCCCCUGCAAGUUUAGAUUGAAUAAAUAUUGCACCGGGAGUGUUUACGUCUCCAAAGGCGAUAUAAGCAGACGUGGACUAAACGAGAGGCGAUGCUGCCUCCUUUCGGCUGGUUAAUUCUUACUCUACCAUAUUGGUACUUUCCUUUUCUCUGUUCAGGGUCUCCGCCUCCAUUUGACGUUAUCCAUUUGCGGAAAAAGACACAACAGUAGAAAUGGCGAUGAACUACAAAGAGGACGCGUCACGUCGUAAAGAAACAUCUGGAGAUGACAAAGAAGCUUUAACUUGCCCUGUUUGCCUCGAAAUUUAUGAAAAUCCCAUGCGAGUCGAAUGCAAUCAUGUAUUUUGCAACAAUUGCCUGUUCGCGUUACAGAAGCCAAAAAAGCCAAUUUGUGCAGUGUGUCGUUCUCCUCUGAAAGGUCCAACUAGAGCUAUUGAAAUUGAGAGGAAAUUAGAAGUAACUCCAGCAAGCUGCAGUGGUUGUGGAACUCAGGUUUAUAUGAAAAAGUUGCGUUCCCAUAAUGCAACAUGUGCAAAAUACCAAGAGUUUAUUUCUGAAGGUGUGAAAGCAUCCAUGAAGGAUCAGCAUCCCAGCCUUAGUGUCCCCAAUCGCUUUACUUUUACCUGUCCUUUCUGCAAUGCAAGGAACUUGGACCAAGAUGGCCUGGUGGAACAUUGCAUUACAAGCCAUACAGGAGAAUAUGGAAGAAUGGUUUGCCCAAUUUGUUCCUCCAUGCCAUGGGGCGACCCAAACUUCAGAAGUGCAGACUUGAUACAACAUUUGAAAAUUCGUCAUAAGUUUUCGUAUGAUACUUUUGUGGAUUAUAGUGUGGAUGAGGAUGAAAUGUUGCAGGAAGCCAUUGAACUUUCUCUGCAGGACAGAAAUAUGAGAUUGUAGACUAAGUACCUGCUUUUCUCUCAAACAGCAAAUCAGAAGCCCCAUCCUAUGAUUACCGCUAUGUAGCGGUUUAGUAUGUCCAUAAAUCUAUCUUGUGCACUUUUGAUUCUUUAGUUAAACCACUUGUAAUGAGGAUGAUAAUACAACACCUUCUGUCGCAGAUCUACUCUUAUUAUGAGAAUGAUACUCCACGAUGCAAUUAGGUUAGGUAACAGUAAAGCAUACUAAAAACCAUAUUGAGGUUGCAUUUUAUCAAAUAGGAUCUCUUCAGUCUGAGGAUUAUUAUGGCACUUUAAUCAUGUUUAAAAAUUGAUAUAUUUGCUUUUUGAUUAAAAUCCAGUUAUACUGCCCCGUAAUACUGCCCUGCAAUGUAAUUUGUUUCCUGUUAGCUUUUGGAAAGAUUAAUAAAACAAUAAUUGGAUUACGGGUA